AUGGGGGAGGUGUGGGGGCAGAAGGAUAGAGAGAGUGAUGGGGGAGGUGUGGGGGAAGAAGGAGGGAGAGAGAGUGAAUGUGGGAGGCUGUGGGGGCAGAAGGAGAGAGAGAGUUAUGUGGGAGGUGUGGGGGCAGAAGGGGAGAGAGAGAGAGUUAUGGGGGAGGUGUGGGUGCAGAAGGAGAGAGAGAGUGAUGGGGGAGGUGUGGGGGGAGAAGGAGGGAGAGAGAGUGAUGGGGGAGGUGUAGGGGCAGAAGGAGGGAGAGAGAGUGAUGUGGGAGGUGUGGGGGCAGAAGGGGAGAGAGAGAGAGUUAUGGGGGAGGUGUGGGUGCAGAAGGAGAGAGAGAGUGAUGGGGGAGGUGUGGGGGGAGAAGGAGGGAGAGAGAGUGAUGGGGGAGGUGUGGGGGCAGAAGGAGAGAGAGAGAGAUGGGGGAGGUGUGGGGGCAGAAGGAGGGAGAGAGUGAUGGGGGAGGUGUGGGGGGAGAAGGAGGGAGAGUAGUGAAGGGGCAUUGUCAGAAGUAACAGACAGCUUCUCUCUAGGGACAGAAAGCCAUGCACUGUUUUCACUGCUCUUAACACACACACAUGUACACAGGGCUCACAUGUACAGUACAUGGGCUUCUUCCAGCCUAAAGCUGAGCAGGAAAACAUGAAUAAAAGAACAGAUAGAGGUUUCUCUUCACUGGCCACAUUCAUUGUGAAUGGAGAGAUGGAAUGGAGGCAAGGAAGAGAGGAGAAGGUGAAAAGGAGGAAGAAUGCUUUUAGCAAGUACCUGAGGGUUUCCAUGGGGAUUGCAUGUAAACAUGGAGAAUGUUAAUAAACAUUAAAGCUGCAAUAUGUAACUUUCUGUGCGACCAGACCAAAUUUGCAUAGAAAUAGAUCUAUAUGCUUCCUGUUCUUAAGUUUAGUUUCUGUGUCUUUUACUUUUGGUUUUGUAAACCAGCUUCAAACAGCUGAAAGUACAAUAUUUUUGGUUAUGGAAAAUAUGUUUUACAACGUUUUAAAUGGUACAAUGAUUCUCUACACUGUACUUGCUUGUUUUGUCACAUAAACUAAAAUUAGGCAAACUGUUAGAAUUUUUGCAACAGGAAAUGGCGGAGCGAUUUCUGCAUAGUGCAUCUUUAAGAAUGAAAUGUCAGGACGGCAGCGAGGAUGGAGGGAAGGAUUUUAAAGUACUCCAACAGGGCCUAAUGUAUGUGUCCUGCAGUGUAACCGACUGGAUUUGAACCCAGGUCGUCUGUUCACCUCAUAAAUGUGUUACCCAUGCUGAACUACAACCUAGGCAUCAGCUUGGGGAGCUAACACAAGUCUUCAGGUCUCAGACAAGGUUACUCCUCCCAUGAGCAGGGUUUUACUGAAUCUUCUCUGUUAGAAAUGGUUGAGUUGGGAGGCAGUGGGAUGCAGUAGGCCAACACAAAUUAUGAUGAAAGUGCUUAUUAGUCAUUUGCUAAUAAUGCUUAUUAAUAACUUAUGUGUUGCCCUUGAGAUACAUAGUUACACAACACUGUAUAGAGAAAAACUGGGGGGCAGAGAGAGAGAGAGAGAGAGAGAGAGAGAGAGAGAGAGAGAGAGAGAGAGACCCACAGAUGAUGCUGUCUGUUCAUCUGCAUUGGUCAUGCCUGGGUGGUAUAGCACCUGCCUCUGACCUCACACACAGUCCAGCUGGGAAUUUAAAUCAGCCCACCAACCAAAGUUUUCCUAAACUCGGUCCUGGGGCCCCUCCUGGGUGCACGUUUUGGUUUUUGCCCUAACACUACACAGCUGUAUCAAAUAAUCAAAGCUUGAUGAUGAGUUGGUUAUUUGAAUCAGCUGUGUAGUGCUAGGGCAAAAACCUAAACGUGCACCUGGGGGCCAGGACCGAGUUUGGGAAACCCUGUAACCGACCCAUAGCCUGACUCAAACACCCAGUUACAGAUAGCAUCGACCGGUGUGUGCGUGUUUGUGUGUUAUCAGCUCACAGAGGAAAUCAUUAGGUCAGCUGUGCGUUCUCUCUGGAGGGCCUGACGGCCAGACACAAGCCAACACACAACUCAGCUUAUCAGCUCCCAGCUCAAUCAGCAUCAGCCUAUCAGCUCGAUCAGCAUCAGCCUAUCAGCGCCCAGCUCGAUCAGCAUCAACCUAUUAGCUCCCAGCUCUCUGUUGAUUCACCCAAUCAGGCUUCCAGCCUUAGAGAAACACUGAAUUUGGUGCGUUCAUUUUAGGGCGGGAUUCAAUCCGAUCUCACUUUGUCAGCUAUGCGCCUUUUAAAGGUAAUUUCUGAUUGAGCCAACAUACUAUGCAGCGUUUACCAUGAACGCAGUCUCCGCGAACGCAGUAACAUUGCCUUUAAAAGCCGCAGACAAAGCGCGAUCGGACUGAAUCCCAGCCUAGGUCACCAGGGGUCCUAAAGUGCAAACUCAACCCACUGCCUCCCAACUCAACCAUUUGUGCGUGUGUGUAUGUGUGUGUGCGUGCGUGCAUAGCUGCGGUUAUGAGAGAGCGUCUCCAUGGUGUGUUGUCGUGGUAGCUAAGGAAUGUUUUUUCAUAGUGAGUGUGUGUGUGUGUGUGUAUGUGCGUGCGUGAUUAGCUGCGAUUAUGAGAGCGUCUCCAUGGUGUGUUGUCGUGGUAGCUAAGGAAUGUUUUUUCAUAGUUACAGUGGAUGCCAUGUUGCCAGUUUGGGGUCUGAAGAUGUGUUCAGCGUAGCCAAUCAGAUCUCACAACAACAUCAAUAAAAACAGACUAACAGAUUAGUCGCUCACACACACACACACACAUACAUACACACACACACACAUACACACACACACACACACACACAGCCUCCUGUGUAUUCUCUUUCAGUUUAGUCGCUCAAGACUUGCCCUAUAACCUUGGAUGUCUUUAUUGUUCCCACACAUCAAAUGGUAAUGAAUACCCUCUAUAGACAUCUCUCUCUCUCUCUCUCUCUCUCUCUCUCUCUCUCUCUCUCUCUCUCUCUCUCUCUCUCUCUCUCUCUCUCUCCCCCCCUCCACACACACACACACACACACUUGUCCUUCCUCUCCUCCACUCUCCUGCAGUGAGAUGUUUGGCACUGUUAAUGAGUCAGCACAUAGUCACACAGGCUCUCACUCACAGCACGGUGCUAAAUACGUUGCUAAUGGGGUGAUGUGAUGAACACUGCAUCAGGAACAUGAUAAUGUGGUACUCAGCUCCACAAGGGUGUGUGGGUGUGUGUGUGUGAGACAGAGAGAGUAGAGAGAGGGAGAGAUUGAUAGGGAGGGAGAGAGAGGAGCCCACAGAUGAUGCCGUCUGUUCAUCCGCGUUGGUCAUGCCUGGGUGGUAUAGCAUCAGCCUGACACCACACACACACACACACACACACACACACACACACACACACGGUCCAGCAGGGACUUUGUGCCUGGAACCCUGAACAAGGGCAUGAGGACGGUGUGAGUCAAGAACCUAAGGGUUUUUGAACUGAAAGCUUAUGAACUGAAAGCUUUAGAACCGAGUGUGUGUUUUGUAGUUGAGUGUGUGUGUUUAAAUCAGUGUAUCUGAGAGGGAGUUUGCUGUAUCUGAUUAUCUUCUCUGGGGUCAUCGCUGAUUGGUCGAUUUGAUGACUGCUCUACUUUCCUUUAAAUCAGUCCACCAGCCGACCCACAGCCUGACUCAAACACCCAGUUACAUAUAGCAUCGACCGGUGUGUGUGAGUGUAUCAGCCUGACGGCCAGAAACAAGCCCAGCUCGAUCAGCAUCAGCCUAUCAGCCCAGCUCGAUCAGCAUCAGCCUAUCAGCCCAGCUCGAUCAGCAUCAGCCUAUCAGCCCCAUCUCUCAGCUGAUUUACCCAAGAAGGCUUACAGCCUUUGAGCAACCUUUAAUCCGAUCGCACUUUGUCUGCUAUGCGCCUUUUAAAGGUAAUUUCCGACUGAGCCGACAUACUAUGCAGCGUUUCUCGUGAAUGCGGUCUUCGCGAAUGAGGGAACAUUGCCUUUAAAAGCUGCAUUGCAGACAAAGCCCGAUUGGACUGAAUCCUGGCCUAGGUCACCAGUGGUCGGGUAUGCACUAUGCAGCGUCUGUACAUUUAUGUUGAGACCAUGACGCCCUAAGGUUCAAACUCGACCCACCCGGUUCAGCGGGCGAGCUAAAGCACCCAUCCACCUCAUUCCAAAGACCUAUCUGGUUAAAAGGCUUAUUCCUGCACCCAGCCUUAGUUCAAGCUGACCAGCAUGUGUGUGUGUGUGUGUGUGUGUUUGUGUGUGUGUGUGUGUGUGUGUGUGCAUGCUUAGCUGCGGUUAUGAGAGUGCGUCUCCAUGGUGUGUUGUCGUGGUAGCUAAGGAAUGCUUUUUCAUAGUUACAGUGGGUGGCAGGUUGCCAGUUUGGGGUCUGAAGAUGUGUUCAGCGUAGCCAAUCAGAUCUCACAACAACACCAAUAAAAACAGACUAACAAUAUAGUCAGCUGUCUACUGCUUUCUCUGCCAGUUUAGUUGCUCACAAACACACACACACACACACACACACACACACAUACACACACACACACACAGCCUCCUGUGUAUUCUCUUUCAGUUUAGUCGCUCAAGACUUGCCCUAUAACCUUGGAUGUCUUUAUUGUUCCCACACAUCAAAUGGUAAUGAAUACCCUCUAUAGACAUCUCUCUCUCUCUCCCUCCUUCUUGAUUGUGAAGGACACAUUCAACAUGUCGAAUCGUAGGUAUUGUGCCUAGAGGUACAGAAUAUGCCUCUGUUGACUGGAAAUGUUAUUUUGGUGAAACCGAAUAGUUUAGAUUUGGUUGAUCAAGGACGUCAGGCUACGGAAACUUCUGCAAAGUGCCGUCUGUAAACAAUGGCUCGUUUCGAGACGAAGCAAGGUGUUCCUGUGCUGAGGCUUUGGAUCCAGAUGGUGGUGGUUCGGUCUGACCCACUUCUAGACUAGCAUAUGUGAUGGGUAGAGAGAGACAAAGUAAAUGUACUCAGUGUACACUAUAGUCACACAUUUACAAUAUAACUCCCCCAAUGGAUUUACUCCUAUACAAUACACAGAGCUCAGCUGAGGAAAUGAAAUGUAAUGUACAAAAGCAUUUAGUGUUCAACCAACAAGGAAUAAAAAAUAUAUUUGUACCAGAUCAGGCACACCUGUUGUUGUGUGUCUUCCACAUCUCCUCCUGUUUAUCUGUAAAGAGGAAAUCAGCCAGGCAUGUGUUUGAGUUGGUGGCUGAUGAAGGUUUGAUGGAUGGAGUUGACACUCUCUGCAGCCACAACAGACACUAUUAAAGGGGCAAUCAGCAGUUGCUACAUACAUUUUUGGACUUAAAAAUGUAUGUUAUGUACCCAUUGAUUCUUGAAGAAUAUAACUUAUUAAUGCCUCAUGAGCGUAGUUUCCCAUCUUAGUACCCCAUCAGAACCCAAAAUGUAAGCUUGUUUUACUCCAACGUUUGUAAACAAAGAAAAUAUAAUCAAACACUAUAUAGUCCCAAAACAUGGUUAAAACUAUCAUUUUCAUAUCAUUGAUGGUCAGGCAUUGCAUCCAUAGCUCUGUCUAUGAAUUCAAGAGUGGUUCCAUUUCUCCAGCUCCAUCCCUCAGCUUUUUACCGAACCAGGGGCGGGGAGUCUGCUUUGUUCUUGUGUCUACUGCUGAUUGCCGCUUUAAAGUUAAAAGCUGUUUUUGUCAGUGUGAGGAUGUGUGAUUUUAAAAAGCAGAAUGUUCUGAGAACAGGUGUUAUGUGAUCCAAUAGUAUUGUUAGUAUGGAGGGGCAGCAACACAGUGAUACACUGGCCAUGAAGGGUCUGACUGUGUGUGUGUGUGUGUGUGUGUGUGUGUGUGUGCGCUGUUCUGUCCUUUUUAGUGCUGAGCUGUUGGACAUGGCAUUUUAGCAUGCGUGGGAGCAGUGUGCCUGUCUAUGCUUCCCCCCCCAUCCCGUCCCGUCAUGCUUGACUGGCUACCCUGUCUCUCCUCACCCAGAGAGUCCGUGAUCUGCCUAUGUGAGUGUGUGUGUAUGUGCGUGUGUGCAUGUGGUACAUGCUUGUGUGUGCGUACUCUCUGUGUGUGUGUGUGUGCAGUAGAGAGCAGGUGUAUUGUGCUGGGCUGGUCGCCCUGAUGCCAGAUAAGCCCAGUAGUCCUGAAACAGUUGAACAGACAGUAGUCCUGAUAACAGUGGAACAGACAGUAGAACAGACAAUGGAACAUACAGUGGAACUGACAGAACAGACAGUGGAACAGACUGUAGUCCUGAUAACAGUAGAACAGACAGUAGAACAGACAGUAGAACAGAACAGUAUUCCUGCUCCAGUGAGGCCCUAACACAGCCACACUCACUAGACACAGUGUCACUACACAUGCAGGGCAGAAAGGUUUUCAGGAGCUGUCCCUUGAGUUCCUCAGUCCUGCUGGUUUCUGCUUCUCUCUGUUUACCAGGCUAAAACAGGUCCUAACACAGCCACACCACACAAAGAGAAGAAAGGCUUUCUGGGUGUUCGGAGCUGUCUCUCUCUCUGCUCCAGCUCAAGGGUGCACAGCAGGCCCUUCAGUUACUCAGUCCUAGUUUGCAUUUCUCCCUGGAAACACAACCUGGUAAAGGAUAGCCCUAACACAGGGUUUCCCAGGAUAUUGAUAUUUGAAUCAGUAGUGGUAGUACUAGGGCAGAAACCAAAACGUGCACCCAGGGGGGCCUCAGGACCAAGUUUGGGAAACCCAGACCUAACAGAAUGAGAAUAAGAAUACAAUUAUUCUCAGAACUAAAAGCAGCGCUAGUGUCAAGACUGUAUGACCCCUGGAAAAUGUUACCUGAGUCUCAUUCUCUUUCUCUCUUUUGUUCUCUCUUUCUCUCUCUCUCUCUCUCUCUCUCUCUGUGUGUUUCUCUAGCCGAGAUGGACCCCACACCUCCACCCUCCUCCCCCUCUCCAGCCAUAGGGAACACAGACAGAAACUAUCCCAGGGGGAGAGGGCCCGAGGCUGGGUUAGGGCCCGGGGUGGGGAUGAGUGCCGCUGGUGAUCUGCUAGAGUCUGUCCUGGCCCAGAAGGAUCAUCUCCUCUCCCAGACAGGGGGUAUGGUCCUGCCCUCAGCUCUGCCCCAGGACCUGCUGCCUCUCCUGGGGAGAGGAAUGAGCACAGGGGGCCUGUCUGGAGGUCUGUCUCUGGAUCAACAGGGUCUGUUGAAGAGGAUACGACCCCCAGUUUCACAGCCCCACGACAGCGGACCCCCUCUCCCUUCACAGCCCACCCAGCCCAACAGCAACCCCCUCCCCUCCUCCUCUCAGCCCGGGACACACACACCGCCGGGACAGCGAGAUGAGGUCACCACUAUCGUCACGGCGACCGUGGACGCAGACACAGACAUGGAUGCAGACACACCUUCACCAGGUAUAAGUGGUAUACAUUAGACCAGGGGUUGGAACCUAAAUUAUUUUCCAAUCUUUUCGUUCUGAACAGAACCAUUAUUUUUUUGUUCUGACCAGCAAAAUAAAGUUCCUAACUGGUUCCACCAAAAAAAGGUUUAGGUUUAUAUCGUUCCUUUCUGUUCAUUUUCUUUACAUUUAGCUCAACAUUAAAUUACUUCACCAAUCAGUGCGGAUAGAGCAGUUUUCUAUCCUAAAGUUGUUUACGUGCUUGAGUGUAGGGCGCGAGAUGCAACUUAACAUUUUGCGGGUGGGGAGAGAGGGUGAAGUGCAUCUUGGGCAUCUUGUGAUAUGCAUUAUCUGAAUUAGGCCUAUACAAUUAUACCUACGGAGGAACUUUGAAUGUCUUUGAACUUCAGAGAGUUGGCUUAACGUUGGACCAAAGCUAGCUAGCUAGCUAACAAACUUGAGCGCGCACCAGAAUUAAAAACACGUCUUACCUUUUCGUAUUUAAUGAAUCCAAUGUGAAAUGUGAUAACUAUAGUAUCCAUAACUAGCAUUGAAAAAGUAAAUCCAUUAUUUUCUAAAAAAUCUCUCUCCCUAUCUUCCGAAUCACGCUUGUAGCUAUCAUCAGUAGGUGUGGUAGCGGCAGGUAGCCUACUCACGGACACACACUGGAAAAGAUUUUCAGCUGGCAGGCAGACACUGGAAGAAGUUUCUGAUUGACAGAGGGAGGACUUUGCAUAGGCGCUUUGUUACGUUUUUUGUGGGACUGAGAAAUAUACCCGGAACAUAAAAAACCGGUUCCCAUGCUUUUAAAAUAACGGUUCUGUUCCAGAACAGUAUAGAUCACUUUCGUUCCCGGUUAUGAUUCUGUUCCUUGAAAAAUGUCAUUAUUUUCUGGUUUUCGGUUCUGUUCCCUGAACCGGUUCCAACCCCUGCAUUAGACAAGACUAGAGCAUCAACAAUGUUAGAGAACACCCUGUCCUUUUACAGAAAGCAGUUGUUGACCUUGUUUACCUUUCCCUCACUGAAGACAGAGAUGUGCUUAUCUCACCAGCAUCCUGGAUUACACUUUGAAAUAAAUUGCUUCUUAAAUAUUGUAUUGUUAAAUCAAUGUUUGUCCCCUCCUCUCCUCUUAUCUCUAGCUGUGUCUGGCUGUAUGGUGAAUUUCUCCGACCCCGAGGGAUACAUAGACUCUUCCGACGACCCCCCUCUCCCAGAUGGAACAUUCCUACACUGUACAUACACCGUCACUGUGUACACAGGCUUUGGAGUCGAGUUACAGGUAAACAAACACACACAUUCGCGUGCACUGACAGACACGCGUUUUCACUGAGUGAGGUUACAUACACACAAUAAUGCCAUUUUGUGCAUAAUCAGAUUAAAAUAAUAGUUCGAUUAAAACGUUUACAUGCUUUGCAAGAAGAACGUAUUCUCUAAUUAUCCUGUUUAAAAUUAAACGUUCCACCACAGCGAACGUUAUUUUUGGAAAGUAUAUUUGAUUCUGAGUUCGGACAUAUAAAGUUUGUAUGUGAAAACUACUUCUAAGACGCGUACAUUGUUGUUCCGAACUCACUUCACUCGCCCUAAAUAUGGAGGCUCAGCUGCUUUUAGCACAUGCGCAGAUCAAAUACACCGCUGGAACGCCGAUUAAGGUGUUUACAUUUCCUAAAAAUUUGAAAGAUUGCUCAGAAAACCAGGUGUUUUAAUUGACGUAUGCUUACUUUCGAUUUUGACCUUACGCCAAUUCAGAUAAGCAGAGUAAGGUGUUUACAUGACUAUUGCAUAAUCUGCCUACUGCCAAAAUGUAGUUUAAUAUCGAAUUAUUAGUGUGCAUGUUAACGUACUCAAUGACACAGACACACGCACACACUGCGUUGUGAUUGUUGACUCUGUAAUGAUCUCAGGAUUGUCUCUGACCCCUAGUGAUGUCUACUGGUACAGCACCCUGCACUCCAAAUCAAAUCAAAGCAAAUUGUAUUUAUCACAUGCGCCGAAUUAAACUGGUGUAUACUUUACAGUGAAAUGCUUGCUUACGAACCUUUCCCAACGAUACAGAGUAAAAUAAAUAAAUAAUAAGAAAUAAAUAAAUAGUAACUAACACAAGAGGAAUAAAAUAAAAUGCACAAGAAUAGAGCUAUAUACAGGGAGUACCAGUACCAGAUCAAUGUGCCGCGAUACUUGAGGUAGAUAUGUACAUGAAGGCAGGGCAAAGUGACUAGGAAUCCAGAUAGAUAAUAAUAAGAGUAAAAUAAAGAACAGAGUACCAACAGCAAAUGAUGAAGUGUAAAAGUGUGUGUGUGUGUAUGUAUGUUUGUUUGUGUUGUGUCGGUAUGUGUGUAGUGUUUGAAUGUGUGAGGGAUUUGUGUGGGAGUGACAGUGUAGUGUGUGUGAGUGAGUGUGUAUAUGAUGUGUAUAUAAAGUCUAGUGAGAGUGCAAUUUUUCAGCCUGUCCUCCACACAACACUGGUGCUGUUCCAGGUCCUCUUUAUUGGAGUCAAGCUCUAAGAAGAGAUCUCAGAAGAGAUGUGCAGUGCCAUUAACAGUAUCUUUAAUGUGGUUUCUGAGAAUUCUCACCACGUCUUGCCCCUCCCUUUUUUCCCCGUUCCCCCUAUCUCCUCUCUCCUCCUCUCUCUCCUCUCCCUCCCUCCUUCUCCCCCUCUCUCCUUCUCCUCUCAUCGCCAUCUUUCCCUCUCUCUCUCCUGAUUCGUCUCUCCCUACGUCCUCCUCUCUGCCCUCUCUCUCUCUCAACUCCUCCUCAUCUCUCUCCCCCUCCUCUCCUCACGGUGCUCCCCAAUCGAGUCAUUCCUCUCCUCCGACGCUCUUGUCUCUCUCUCGUGCUCUCUCUCUACAUCUCUCUCUCUCUCUCUCUCUCAAUUCAAUUUCAGUUUCAAUUUAAGGGCUUUAUUGGCAUGGGAAACGUAUGUUAACAUUGCCAAAGCAAGUGAAGUAGAUAGUAAACAAAAGUGAAAUAAUCUCUCUCUCUCUCAGGUGAAGAGUGUGAAUCUGUCAGAGGGAGAGCAGCUGUCAAUCAGAGGGGUGGAUGAGGGCGGGGCCUUGCUGGUUCUGGCCAAUCACACACUGCUGGUGGAGGGUCAGGUGAUCCGAAGUCCGACCAAUACCAUCUCAGUAUACUACCGCUCCUCACCUGAGGGGAGCAUGGGCAUGUUCCAGCUACACUACCAGAGUGAGCACACACACACAAUCACACACUCACACACUCACACAGUCACACACACACAAUCUCACACACACACACACACUCACACAGUCACACACACACUCACUCUUUCAUGUUUUUAAUUCAAAGCCUUCAUUAGGUCCUAACUCCUAAGGGGCUGUUGAUUCUCUGUCUACCUGAUCUAUUAAUGGCCUAACCACUUAAUCUCGUUUUGCAAUCAAUUAGCAGUGUGAUUGGAUGUCGUAUCAAUUAACUGAUUAGCUGUGAUUAAUUGGUUUUUAUCUCAUUAUGCAGUUGCUGUUUGAUAGUGUAGUGGAGGGCUGUGGAGAGGCCAUAUCUGUGUGUGUGUGUGUGUGUGUGUGUGUGUGUGUGUGUGUGUGUGUGUGUGUGUGUGGUUGUUUGUGUGUGUAUGUGUUAUGUGUCACCUGUAAUAUCUUCCUCUCUCAUCUCACACCUGUGUACUCUGUGUCAGUUAAGAUGGGACAUAAAUGGAUAAAUGGAGUAACAUGGCAAACUACCUGCCUUUCAUCUGGCCUGUCCUCUCCUCUCUCUAUUAUUCUGGUCUGUCCAGUCAUAUAACCAUUAUUCUGGCCUGUCCGGUUUUUAAAAAUGUUAGUCAUUUAGCAGACGCUCUUAUCCAAAACAACUUACAGUUAGUGCAUUCAUCGUGAAAUAGCUAGGUGGGACAACCACAUAUCACAGGCAUAGAAAGUACAUUCUUCCUCAAUAAAGUAGCUAUCAGUAAAGGUGAGGAGGAGGAUUAUUUAAGAUACUGUUUGAAGAGGUAGGGUUUUUGAUGUUUUUUCGGAAGAUGGGCAAGCGACUCUGCUGUCCUAGCUUCAGGGGUAAGCUGGUUCCACCAUUGGGGUGCCAGGACAGAGAAGAGCUUGGACAGGGCUGAGCGGGAGCUGCCCUCCCGUAGUGGUGGGUGGGUCAAGAGACCUGAGGUGGCAGAACGGAGUGCUCGGGUUGGGGUAUAGGGUUUGAGCAUAGCCUGAAGGUAGGGAGGGGCAGUCCCUCUUGCUGUUACGUAGGUAAGUACCAUGGUCUUGUAGUGGAUAAGAGCGCUGCAGCGUUCUGGAUAAGUUGCAGGGGUUUGAUGGCACAAGAGGGGAGCCCAGCCAAUAGCGAGUUGCAGUAGUCCAGACAGGAGAGGACAAGUGCCUGGAUUAGGACCUGUGCCGCUUCCUGUGUGAGUUAGGGUCAUACUCUACAGAUGUUGUAGAGCAUGAACCUGCAGGAGCGAGUCACUGCUUUGAUGUUUGUGGAGAAUCAAAGGUGUUGUCCAGGGUCACGCCAAGGUUCUUUGUACUCUCGGAGGGCGACACAGUGGAGUUGUCAACCAUGAUGGAGAGGUCUUUGAGCGGGCAGGCCUUCCCCGGGAGGAAGAGCAGCUCCGUCUUGUUGAGCUUGAGGUGGUGGGCCAACGUCCAAGUUGAGAUAUCUGCCGGCACGCAGAGAUGCAUGUCGCACCUGGGUGUCAGAAGGGGGGAAGGAGAAAAGUAGUUGAGUGCCAUCUGCAUAGCAAUGAUAGGCAAGACCAUGUGAGUAUAUGACAGAGCUGAGUGACUUGGUGUAUAGAGAGAAGAGGAGAGAGCCUAGAACCGAGCCCUGGGGGACACCAGUAGUGAGAAUACAUGGUGCAGACACAGAUCCUCUCAACGUCACCUGGUAGGAGUGGCCUGCCAGGUAGAAUGCAGUCCAAGAGUGUGCAGAGCCUGAGACGCCAAGCCCUGAGAGGGUGGAGAGGAGGAUCUGAUGGUUCAUGGUGUCAAAGGCAGCGGAUAGAUCUAGGAGGAUGAGAACAGAGAAGAGAGAGUCAGCUUUGGCAGUGCGGAGAGCCGUCUUGGUUGAGUGACCUGUCUUGAAGCCUGACUGGUUAGGGUCAAGAAGAUCGAUAUGAGAGAGAUAAUGAGAUCAGAGAGAUAAGUUGUUCAGAGACAGCACCCUCAAGUGUUUUGGAAAGAAAAGAAAGAAGGGAUAAAGGUCUAUAGUUUUUGACGUCAGAUUAGUCAAGUGUUG